AUGGAUUCACAACUCGGCCCGCCACCCUCGAGCAUACGCAUCCUAUCGCUCAAUUGCUGGGGUCUCAAGUUCAUCUCCAAGCUGCGCAAUGAGCGCCUUACCGAAAUCGGAAACCAGAUCGCCGCCGCCAGUCCGCAGCCAGACAUUGUCGGACUCCAGGAGUGCUGGACGCAGCAGGACUACAAUGCGAUUCGGGAGAAGACACAACAUAUACUGCCUUAUGGCAAGUUCUAUCAUAGCGGAAUCUUUGGUGGUGGUUUAGUCAUUCUGUCACGAUGGCCUAUACUCGAGAGCAACAUGGUGCGGUAUCCUCUGAACGGACGGCCUGCUGCUUUCUAUCGUGGCGAUUGGUUUGUGGGAAAGGGAGUCGCAUGUGCGAGGAUCCAGAUGGGGCCGUCGAAGAGAGAUAUCGCAGAGGUGUUUUGCACACAUCUUCAUGCUCCAUACGAAAGCGAGCCACACGACUCCUACAUAUGUCACCGGACAGCCCAAGCGUGGGAAAUCACAAAACUUAUGCGCGCAGCGGCCGAGCGCGGACAUCUUGUCAUCGGCAUGGGCGACUUCAACAUGAUCCCCUUAUCUCUCGCACACCGUAUCAUAGAAACGCAUUCGCCUGUUCGAGACGUAUGGCGCAUACUACACCCUGAAUCCUCUAUCGGUGCGGCAAGAGACAAGGUCGAGCAGGUUCGCGGCGUACCAAUACCAUCUGCGCAGUUCAACAUGACUGUCAAUGGAGCAACAUGCGAUAGUGAGCUGAACUCCUGGCGGUGGAACAAAGGACAACAGAGACGUCUCAACAAGGGCGAGAAUGUGCAGAUAGAUCCUGCCGUCCCAGACCCGAAGGCGAAGCGACUUGACUACGUCUUCUUCAGCAGCGGUCGAUACCACCACCCAGAGACAAAGGAGGAGACAGCUGAGUGGGAGCUCAAGGAAGCCAACGUAGGCAUGGCGAUGCGUCAUCCUACACUACACUGCUCCUUGAGCGACCACUUCUCUGUCGAAGCGACAUUGACGAGGACUUCUACUAACCCGUCAGCCAUACGGCUAUCUCCAUGGGCACUGCCUGAGCAGUAUUUACCCAUCGAGGUCUAUGAUGAGAUCAUGGCAACUAUACUCAAAUACCAGGUCCGAGAAAGGAUACAGCGUAAACUGCGCAUAGGUCAUUUCUUUUACCAGCUCUCUUUCUCCGUUGGCUGCCUAAUAGGUGUCUGGUGGUCACCCAAGAACUACGUUGCCUUCAUACUGAUGUUGUUGAGUACAUUGGGAUUUAGUGUUGGUGUCAUCGAUGGAUUGAUGGGGUUAUUGUUUGUUGGUAGCGAGAUCAGGGCACUCAAGGAAUUCGAGUGGGAAGUCCGGAAUACCAGAGAGCGGGCGCUCGCAAAAGGAGAAGUCUCGAAGGUGGAUUCCCAGAGUAGUGAGAUUCCAUUUGCAUCUGAGCGGUAG